GAAUCACGUGUUUCCGUCAUGCUCGAAGAAAAUCAACUUCCGGCUACACAGAAAAUUGUAGAUUUUGGACUUAAUUUGUUAAAAUAAGACCAUUUCUACAUUAUUUAAAGUCAAAUACACCGACAAGUUAUCCUAGAAGACACUGAGAAAGAGAUUAAUGAUUCUUAUAGAUAUCAUUGAUGUCAGAAAAUAGAACAAUUGAGGUGUCAGAACGGGAAGUAUUGGUAUUGCCUCCCUUAGACAGAGAGAUUGUUAUUCAAGAAUCAAAGUCUGGACCAAGAAAUCUACACAGAAUGUCAUUGGUCGAUCUGGGUAAACGUUUACUAGAGGCAGCCAAGCGUGGAGAGACAGAUGAAGUAAGGACACUGAUGUCUAAUGGUGCUCCAUUCACAACAGACUGGCUUGGAACCUCUCCCUUACACUUUGCUACACAGUUUGGGCACCAUGAUACGGCUGAAGUAUUACUGAGAGCAGGAAUUAGUCGUGAUGCUCGGACCAAGGUAGACAGAACCCCAUUACAUGUGGCAGCUCAAGAAGGACAUAAUGAUAUUGUAGAAUUACUCAUACAGCACGCUGCAGAUAUUGACGCUAAAGAUAUGUUGAAGAUGACUCCAUUGCACUGGGCCUCAGAAAAAGGACACAAACCUGUUUUGGAAACUUUGAUAAAACAUGGGGCAGACAUUAACUGUGAAAAUAAGUUUGACAGAACUCCAUUAGAUAUUGCAAUAGCCAAUGGAAGGGCAGAUAUAGCAGAGUUACUGACCAUGGCACAGAUGCAAUAUGGUGGUACAGUACAACAGUUAGAAGACGUAAAAUCUCAUGAGGUCCUGGUCAACGGUACAAUGCAUGCUGAUUUGUCAAGUAUAACAGAAGGUGAUUCUAUCACCAUAGAAACCACAGAAAUUGACCAAUCAGAUAAUAUUGAAACUGUAACCGUGACAACUGAUGAACAAUCUAACAAAGAUGUUUUACCUGUAAAUAUAUUCCAGAAUGUCUCAAGAAGUAUAGAAUCUGACUCCUCAGAAACCCAGAAUUCCUCAGUGUUAGCCACUUUAGCUGCUUUAGCCGAGGCCACGGCACCAAAUACAAUUCAACAAAACACAGCCACAACUGAGGCCAUGAAUUGGUUAGAAAGUCAGGGUAUAACCAUGAUAACGACCUCAGAGGGAGGGAUCAUCACAUCAGCCAUUGAUAGUGGACAAUCUAUUACAUUAACAGAGGCAGGAAAAAUUGCUCUCAACUUCAUCAAACAGCAAGAUGGAGAAGAAGGAGAAAUUGUCGUUAAACCUGAAGUUGACCUUGGUCCUGAGGUCAUAGAGGAAGAGGCUCACAUAGGGGGUGAUGUUGAAGAUAUUGUAACAGGGCUCCCAGAAGGAACGGAGUUGGUAACAACAGGAGGAGAUAUGGAUGACCAGAAUGUUUUAACGAUCGUCUCAAACCAGGAUCUUGGAGGUGUAACGGAGGAUGGUGAGAUUGUUGCUAUGGGUGAUGAUGUAGUUACCAUGGAAAGUCAGGAUUUAGUUGGAGAUGUAACAGAACAUUCUGAUGGUAUUGUCAUGGUAACAGAAGUGGAGGGAGAGAUCGUUACACCAACUGAUGGAAUGUUGACGAUUACCGAGGUAACAGAUGAUGUCACCAACGUUACAAUGGAAGGUGAUGAAAUAACAGAAACAGAAUUACAGAUCUCAGAAGAAAAUAACAUACACAUCUCAGAUGUUACGACAAUUACAGAAACAAAUAGUUUACAAAUCUCAGAUGUAACCAUGGUAACAGACGGAGGAGGGGGCGAUGCUUCAGAUGAACCCCCAGCCAAAAGGUCGAGGACAGAAGUUGAAGAUAAAGGGGAUGGUAUAAAAGUUGAGGAUAAGGACGAUUUGAAGAAACAGUUAGAAGAAAUGCAGAAACAAGCCGAGGCCUUUAAACAACAGUUAAAACAGAAGGAAGUAGAAGCAGAGACUUAUAAAAAACGUUUAAGUGACAUAGGUUUACAACCUGAGGACCAAUCACAGGAAGAUCAGGCAGCCAACGAAUGACUAGAUAUUGUAUAGAGGAUUUAAAUGGACCAAUGAUUGGGAUGUUUGGCAGAUCAUGUGACAUUAAGAUCAGCAGAUCACAUGACAGACCAACUGAUGUUUAAAACAGUAAGCCUCUGAAGUGUGAAGCCUUUAAGUGACACAGAUGUGUAACCAAAUGAAGCUGGAUGUAAAUUAAGUCAAAUUAUGUAUUUAAAUUUUGAUUGACAGAUAUGUUUGAUGCAAGAGUAAAAAUAUUGUCUCUAAGUAUUAGAUGGUUAUGAUUAGGUCACAGAAAUAUGUUUCUUAUCUUUUGAGUAAAGACGGUUAGUUUUAUAUGAAAGAACUUAGAACGGAUACAUUGUAACCUUGGUGAAAUUUUAGGAAAAAGCACAAUUAUACUUUUGAGAUUAUACUUUUUAACAAUGGCUCUUCCUUUUAUCCAUAGUUCUACUAUUUGCCCCGUAUUCAAUGAUUAAGUUGAUUGUGGCAGAAAUUUUCAUGGAAGCUUUCAAUGGAUUAAGCCCCAUCAGAUAUCAAAUAUCAAAAUAAAGUUAUAACAAUAAGAAGUGAUAAUUGUCAAGCUAUGUUUAAAAAAAACUUUUUAUUUAGUAAACGUUGGGAAAAAAGUUUAAAAUACAUCGUUCUGUAAAAAAAAAAAUUUUAAGAUACAGUGGAUUCAUUUAUUUUUAUUGGUACCAAAUUGUGGGUUUUGGUUAAGUCUGCUUUUAAUCCUAUGGAAAAUUUGCAAUUCAUUGAAUUUUAUAAUAUGUGGUUCCCUGUUAACCACAAAACCCACAAAUAAAUAAUAAUGAAUCCACAGUAGGUGAAAAAUUGUAGUUAUGAUCAGAAAUUAACACAGGAGUUUGUGCAUUUUAAAGAUAGAAAAUUUAAUUGACAGCAUGAUUGAUGUCAGUUUUAAUUAUUACUUAAGUUUAAACGGUGUAUGAUUUAGGAUUAAGGCUGUAAAAGUAAAUAUAGGAUUGAGGCUGUAAAAGUAGAUAUACAUGAUAUAUGAUUGAGUGAAUUAAAUGAAUUGUUUUGUAUGUUAUUUAUUACUACCUACUGUGUUCAUUACAUGUUAUAUGUAUGUUAUUGAUGAUUUAUAGCCCUACUGUAAAAGUUAAACUGUGUUACAUUCAGCUUGUGUGUAGUAUAUAUGUUAUUGAAGAUUUAAAGUCCAACUGUAAAAGUUCAGCUAUAUAACAUUCACCUUGUGUGUGUAGUAUAUUGUGGGAUUAUUUAUUUUCAUGGGUACCAAUAUCCUUGGAUUAAGGAAAACUUUGAUGUUCGUGAAUAUUAUGUUCCAGGUUUUGCCAAAGCCUGCAUAAAAGCCUAUAGAAAAUUAGUUAUUUGUUGAACAUUUAAUUUUGUGGUUUACAUGUACCCAGGAAGUCCACUAAAAUUGGUAUCCAAUGAAAAAUAAUGAAUCCACAGUAUAUGUUAUUGAUGAUUUAAACCCCUACUUGUUAAAGAGGGGCUAUAUUACAUUUACCUUGUCCCCCUGGUUGUCCAACAAUUAUUUCCAUCAGGUACCACUGAACAGUUCAACUACAUAUUUUCAUCAGCAGCUUGACAGUAAUGUGUGUAUUCAGAUCAACCUGUUUCUGUCUGCCAAUACUUUGAAAAUUUUGAGAUAAUUCCCCCUUGUAAUCUAAUCUGAUCCAGAUUUACCAAUGCACUGUUACAAAAUUUUCAUUAUUUGCUCCUUGGUAUUUAGAUCUCUUUGUUGUUUUUAGAUUAAGAUACCCAGUGGGUUUGAUAACUUAAAAAAAUUCGCUACUAUUUUCUUUAAAAAAAGCUUUGACACAAAUGAAAUAUUGUAUGUCUCUCUGAUCUGUUAGAAACCUUCUUGAUUCCAAUACUUUGAUUUAUAAGUGAAUGUAUGCUUUGCAUGAUAAAGCUGUAUUUCUUCUAAGGCUUAGAUCAGUAACCUUUUGCCCAUUUACACCUCAGAUACACUUUAAAUGUAAAAAAUAAUGUUUGUGACUUCUUGAUAACUUUUCUUGAAUUUAAGACCAACAGUAUACCUUUAUCUUGGAUACUUUUGGAUGAUAUUUUUUCAUCCCUCAUAAGGUGUGACAUUCAAGUAACAAAGAGAUGCGCUCAUUCUAUUAAAUCAAUUGAUUUUAAAAAGUGUAAUGAACAGUAGUUUACAAACGUGCUUGCUUCAAGCAGUAUACACAUUCUUGUAAUCUGACAUAAAAAGUUAGAGGAGGGAUUCAAACAUUCCAGUGUCAAGGGUUGGAGUAAUAUUAUUGAAGUAAACCAUAAAAUGUCUUGGAUAAAAACUAAUCUACAACUGAUUGUAUAGAAUUGAGUAUCAGACAAAAAUACCUGGCUAAACAAUUACAUGACAACCCCUUUAAUUACUGAUGUGUACAAAGAUGAUGACAUAAGAUAUAAACUUUGUAAGCUGAUGUCUUACUAUGCUCACUGUCAUUGAUGAACUUAUGAACCAAUACUUUAUUUUUUUUAAAUGAAAGAAAUUUUGUAUUUAUUCCAUUUUGUAAAUAAAUAUUUUAUCCAUAAAUA